CCUUUGACAAUCACGGUUCUGAGUUGGUAAACAGCGUUGACCUCAUGGUGGAAGACGACACACUGUUAGGGGACGAGGCUGCAUAGCAUUGAAAAUAAAUCCAGACAUUCGUAAUUACUGGCGGUGUGAGGGAGACCCACCAUGGCAGGCGACAUGAUGUUGGUGAUGCGUGGCUUGGCUAAGCUGAGCCAGGCGGUAAUAGACACUCAGGCCAGCACACUGCGUAUUGGAGGAGCCCAGGCCAUGGCCCAGAGCAUGCAGAUGACUGCAGAGCAGAGCCUGGGAGUAGCCAUGCAGAAGAUGCAGGAGUUUGGUGGGCAGCAGCAAAGCGUGUCUGGUGACUUCCCAGCAGACAUAGACAGUAAGUAUGACUUCUCCAAAGCAGAGGGGAGCAGCAUGGACAGUGGGGAACACGUAGAGCCAGGGUUCAGAGAAGAGGGACAAGGCGUCUCCUCAGAGGGGAUGGGGACCACAGACAGCACGACCUGCGGGACAUACAACGUCCAGGCCUCGGUCAAAUCCAAGCUGUUUGAGGGCUACAAGGAUCCCAGCAGCCAGUUCUCAGGACAGAUCCGUUCCUACCUAUCCUAUAGCUCCUACCGCUCCUAUCACCAGGACGGCUCGGGGGUUGGGGGCCUCACGGCCGAGGACAUAGAGAAGGCCAGAGAAGCCAAGAGGAAUGAGAAACCACACAAACAAAUGCUCAGUGAAAGGGCACGAGAGAGAAAGGUACCCGUGUCCCGGUUAGGGAGACUGGCUAAUUUUGGAGGUCUGGCUGUAGGACUGGGCUUUGGAGCGCUGGCUGAGGUAGCCAAGAAGAGUAUGAGGCCAAGUGAGGAUAACGCUGACAAGAAGGCCGUUCUGGACUCCAGUCCGUUCCUGUCAGAGGCUAACGCAGAGCGGAUCGUCAGGACGCUGUGUAAGGUCCGCGGAGCCGCACUGAAACUGGGCCAGAUGCUCAGCAUUCAAGAUGAUGCCUUCAUCAACCCCCAGCUGGCCAAGAUAUUUGAGCGUGUGAGACAGAGUGCAGACUUCAUGCCCAUCAAGCAGAUGACGAAGUCCAUCAACAACGACCUGGGCCCUAACUGGAGGGACAAGCUGGAUUCGUUUGAGGAGCGGCCGUUUGCUGCGGCCUCCAUCGGACAGGUCCACCUGGCUAAGAUGAAGGACGGCAGGGAGGUGGCCAUGAAGAUCCAGUACCCCGGAGUGGCUAAAAGCAUCGACAGUGACAUCAACAACCUGAUGACUCUCCUCACCAUGAGCAACGCACUGCCUGAAGGUCUCUUCCCUGAGCAUCUGAUUGAGGUGAUGAGCAGAGAGCUGGCACUGGAAUGUGAUUACAUAAGAGAGGCCAAAUGUGCCAAGAAAUUCCAGGAGCUGCUGAAAGACCACCCGUUCUUCUACGUGCCAGAUGUAAUAGACGAGCUGAGCAGCAACGCCGUCCUCACCACAGAGCUGGUCCCAGGCUUCCCUCUGGACCAGGCUGAACAACUCUCCCAGGAGCUCAAGAACGAGGUCACUAUCUGUGAGAAUAUCCUGAAACUUUGUUUAAGGGAGCUGUUUGAGUUCAGAUACAUGCAGACUGACCCCAACUGGUCCAACUUCUUCUACGACCCACAGACACACAGGGUUGCAUUGUUGGAUUUCGGAGCCACAAGAGGAUUUAGUGAGGACUUCACUGACAUCUACAUCGAGCUCAUCAAGUCAGCAGCAGAGGGAGACAGAGAGGGGGUUCGGAGAAGAUCAGUAGAGCUCAAGUUCCUCACAGGUUAUGAGUCAAAGUCCAUGGUGAACGCCCAUGUGGACGCGGUGAUGAUCCUGGGCGAGGCCUUUGCCUCUAUGGAGCCUUUUAACUUCGGCGCCCAGAGCACCACGGAGCGCAUCCACAACCUGAUCCCCGUGAUGCUGAAGCAGCGCCUCACCCCGCCUCCCGAGGAGACCUACUCUCUCCACCGCAAGAUGGGCGGCUCCUUCCUCAUCUGCUCCCGCCUCGACGCCAAGCUCGGCUGCAAGAACAUGUUCCAGGAGGCCUAUAACAACUACUGGAGGGGCCGCCCCAACCAAGCUCGGCUGCAAGAACAUGUUCCAGGAGGCCUAUAACAACUACUGGAGGGGCCGCCCCAACCGACCAAGCCAGUGACGAACACCGCAGAGGGCCAAUAGCAGGGUUACAGCGGGUGUGGACUAUAAGGGGAGGGAUGUUGACCCUAGCCAGACUUUCUCUGCUGUUAAUUUAAUGUAUAUGAAUGGCACUUUUUUGCCCGUCUCUCCCCCGAACCAGAAUAUGUGUGUAUAUUCAUUACCGGUCCAAAGUUUUAGAACAUCUACUCAUUCAAGGGUUUAUCUUUAUUUUUACUAUUUUCUACAUUGUAGAAAAAUAAAGAAGACAUCAAAACUAGGAAAUAAUACAUAUGGAAUCAUGUAGAACCAAAAAAAAUAUAUAAAAAUAUAUUUGAUGUUUUAGAUUCUUCAAAGUAGCCACCCUUUGCCUUGAUGACAGCGUUGCACACUCUUGGCAUUCUCUCAACCAGCUUCACCUGGAAUUGUUUUCCAACAGUUUUGAAGGAUCGGGGCGGCAGGGUAGCCUAGUGGUUUGAGCGUUGGACUAGUAACUGAAAGGUUGCAAGUUCAAAUCCCCAAGCUGACAAGGUAAAAAUCUGUCGUUCUGCCCCUGAACAAGCAGUUAACCCACUGUUCCUAGGCCGUCAUUGAAAAUAAGAAUUUGUUCUUAACUGACUUGCCUAGUUAAAUAAAGGUAACAUUUAAAAAAGGAGUUCCCACAUAUGCUUAGCACUUGUUGGCUGCUUUUCCUUCACUCUGCGGUCCGACUCAUCCCAAACUAUCUCAAUUUGAUUGAGGUCGGGGAUUGUGGAAUCCAGGUCAUAUGAUGCAGCACUCCCAUCACUCUCCUUCUUGGUCAAAUAGCCCUUACACAGUGUUUGGGGUCAUUGUCCUGUUAAAAAACAAAUGAUACUCCCACUAAGUGCAAAUCAGAUGGGAUGGCAUAUCGCUGCAGAAUGCUAUGGUAGCCAUCUUGGUUAAGUGUGCCUUGAAUUCUAAAUUAAUCAGUGUCUCCCCCACACCGUCACAACUCCUCCAUGCUUCACGGUGGGAACUACACAUGCGGAGAUCAUCCGUUCACCUACUCUGUGUCUCAAAGACACGGUGGUUGGAACAAAAACUCUCAAAUUUGGACUCAUCAGACCAAAGGACAGAUUUCCAACGGUCUAAUGUUCAUUGCUCGUGUUUCUUGUCCCAAGCAAGUCUCUUCUUCUUAUUGGUGUCCUUUUAGUAGUGAUUUCUUUGCAGCAAUUUGACCAUGAAGGCCUGAUUGACAGUCGAUGUUGAGAUGUGUCUGUUACUUGAACUCUGUGAAGCAUUGGACUGCAAUCUGAGAUGCAGUUAACUCUAAACUUAUCCUCUGCAGCGGAGGUAACUCUGGGUCUUCCUUUCCUGUGGCAUUCCUCAUUCGAGUCAGUUUCAUCAUAGCGCUUGAUUGUUUUUGCGACUGCACUUGAAGAAACUUUCAAAGUUCUUGAAUUUUUCCGGAUUGACUGACCUUCAUUUCUUAAAGUUAUGAUGGACUGUUGUUUCUAUUUGCUUAUUUGACUUGGUCUUCUACCAAAUAUGGCUAUCUUCUGUAUACCUUGUCACAAAAUUCCACAAUUUAACUUAACAAAACACACCUGUUUAAUUGAAAUGCAUUCCAGGUGACUACCUCAUUAAGCUAGUUGUGAGAAUGCCAAGAGUGUGAAAAGCUGUCAAGACAAAGGGUGGCUACUUUGAAGAAUCUAAAACAUAAAAUAUAUUUUUGUUUUUUUUGGUUACUACAUGAUUCCGUUUGUUUUUUCAGUUUUCACUAUUACUCUACAAUGUAGAAAAUAGUAAAAACCCUUGAAUGAGUAGGUGUGUCCAAACUUUUGACUGGUACUGUAUAUAUUUUUGUGUGUGUGUUAUUUGGAGUAUAUUAACCAUGGCUGUCCAGUUAACAUAUUCACAAGACGUAUCAGAUGGUUGAUUGUCUAGGUUGAGUUAACUGGGAUAAAUGCCAUGAUGUGUGUGUCUGAGAGAGAAUUGUAAAGCUAUUGUGAAUUCAAGACAGUUGGUUUCUUGUGACGUGGGGAUAUGAUACUGUCUAAUGGGCAUAAAACCAGUGGUGGUGAUGAGACAGCAGUUAAAUAUAUUAAAGAACAGUGAUAUACUGUUAAUGGCCUAUAUUUUCCAGCAUGUGGCAGUAGUUCUAGUGUCCGAUGAGGACAAAUGCUCAUGUGAUUCAUACCAAAGUGUAAAAGGAUGUUUUCUCACACUUAAGCAUAUUGUACACGUUAACAGGUUGCAGACCAAUUCCUGUUGAGGGAGAAGAUUUGAGGACAAUCUCCUGUAAAGCCUGUCCCUAUAAACACAUUACAUUUGGGAAACAUGAAAUAUCAUAAUAUAUUUAUCAAUGAUCUGCACUGUGUCAUGACACGGUUACUUCUGCGAGGUGGAGAUGGUUGAUGGAUGGAUCAUGGGACAUGGCCUUACUUCCAGUGGAAAUAAGAACAUACAUUCUCAUUGACUGACCUACUUCAUUUUGGUGCUACAGGCCCAUGGUUGUGUUUUGACACUAGUGUUGUUCUUGUGGCCUGAUGGGCUUAUGACAUUUUGAUCAUGGUGUCCUUUAUUAACAGCAGGUUUUUACAUCAGUUGACAAAACUGCUGUUUCGUCAUUAAAGCCUGUCUUUACUUUGUGAUGGAAAGACUUAAGGCAAGAGAAAAGUGAUUCUAAAUCACUUUGUGUGAAUAUAAAUGCAAAAGUAUUGCUACAAGGAUGUUUAGAAAUGAAUGCCGCUAUGCAUCUUUUAUAUUCAUAUCAGCAGAAUUUUUAUAAUCAAUUACGUUCUUAGUGUUAUGAUAUAUUAAAUAUUUGACUUGACACUUGUUCCAAUCAA